AUGUGGUCUCUCAUGAAUCCUGUGAGCGUCAACAAUGUAUACUGCCAGGCUGUAAAUUACGUCAGCAGGAGAAUCUGUGCCCUGGAAGGUUCCUCUGUGAACAUUGCGAGUCAAUACUCGAGCCAUUCCAUCUUGAAGUUGUGGUAUAAAGUACAGCUUGGUGGUGAGGAGGAUGACUGUAAGGAGGUAUUUGAAGAAGCUACGGGCCGUGUGAAGUAUCACGACAACAUGGAAAACAACCACACACUGACAAUUAAUGAUGUGAAGAGGAAUGACUCGGCUGAAUACUCAUUCACUCUUGAGAAUCACUGUCAUUUACCUAGAGUGAUGUUAGUUGUCACAGGUGUGAAAGUGAGCGUGAGUCCUUCUGCAGUGGUGACAGAGGGUCAGAGGGUCACGCUGACCUGCAGUACCAGCUGUCCUCUGACUGACGACACAGACUACAUUUGGUACUUGAACAGUCGACCAGUCGGCCACCAAACGAAACAUCUGAUCCUGGACCCAGUCAGCAAGGAGAAUGAAGGGAACUAUUCCUGUGCUGUGAAUAGUCCUCAGAACAUUAGCUCAGCUGAGAAGGCUCUCACUGUCAAAGAGUUAAUUGAAACUGUCUUAAGAAGCAAGUCUGGUGGUGACAAAGUAAUACAGGAAUACCAAGCAACAAACACCAUGAAGGAUGCCACAAGAUGACAAAUGGUUAACAUACUUGUGGCUCACAUGAUUGAUAAUCAUGGGCACCUUCCCCCAAAAGCAAUCAGAGAGGAGUAUCUCUUUGGGCAUUGUGAUGCUGAUCCCCUCGCUCAAGGAGCCAUACGCAGACAAAGAGCAGCAAGGGGUGCAGGAUACAUUUCUUGGCGUAUGAAAACUGUCCAAAGAAAGAUUCGGCGUGGAUCUCCAACACCACCUAAUAGGUUGACAGACAGUUCUUCAGGUGGCCCAAAUCUCCAAAGGACUGUGAAUGUUAUACACCAGCUUGAUGGGGAUGCUUGCAAGGAGGCCAGAGUUGCUUUGCUUGAUGCAGUCACCUUUGAACAAGAAAUGGCAUCGCUGUUGUUGUUGUUACAUCUUCUUCCGCCACCACCAGGAGGACAAAGGUCUCCAAAAAUCAGCGCAAGUGAUGCAAGUCAGAGACUCGUAGUCUUUUAUAAGUCAUGCUGCAGUCUGGAAGAGCAUCUCUGCAAUCAAAAGGGUUGGCAACCAUACUGCCUCGCUGUCGGGCAUAAGAAGAGCAAGAUUGACACCUUUUACAUCACCAUGGAUGAGCAUCUCAUUACAUGCCAGGCGAGUGGCUCGCUUGGGGCAUUUGAUGAACUUUUCAAAGCACAUUUUGUGUUUAAUUUGUCCCAAGAUCAUAUAAAGCUGAAGUUGUUAUUUGCAGUGCAGUGGAAGAAGACAUAUCUGUCUUUUGCCAAACUGUUUGGCAAAAGAGUUUUCAACUUUUGGUUGAAGAUGACAUUUUUUAUGGGAAACAAGUUGUUUACAUAG